GAUAAACAACAUGUGCUCACUUUUAAGGACAGAGUCUGAGGAAAUUCGCUUUUCAGGGAUAUGGGGUAUGGGCGGCAUAGGAAAGACAACUCUAGCCAAACUUGUCUACAAUAAAAUCCAUCACCAAUUUGAUUUUAGUUGCUUUCUUGAGAAUGUUAGAGAGAUUUCUAGUGAAAUAGAUGGUCUGCUUUGUUUACAAAGAAAAUUGCUUUCUCAUCUAAAAUUAAGCAGCAUGAGAAUUGAAAGUUUGGACCAAGGAAGGGAGACAAUACGUAAUCUUUUAUUCAAUAAAAAAGUUCUCCUUGUCCUUGAUGACCUAAGUUCUGAUAUCCAACUAGAGAAUUUAGCUGGAAAGCAAGAAUGGUUUGGUCCAAGGAGCAGGAUAAUAAUAACUACUAGAGACAAGCAUCUCCUAGCAUCACUAGGCGUGUGUAAAAGUUAUGAUGCUCAAAUCUUAAACAGUGAUGAAUCCCUUCAACUUUUUUGUCAAAAAGCUUUUAGAAGAGGAAUACCUGAAGAAGGUUUCAUAGAGUUGUCAAAACUGGUGGUUCAAUGCGCUGGAGGUAUUCCCUUGGCACUCAAAGUGUUGGGUUCAUUCCUCUGUGGAAGGAGGGCGUCUGUAUGGGAAGACGCUUUGAAAAUGUUGCAGCAGGAUCUUCAAAAUGAUAUUUACAAGACAUUGAGAAUAAGUUAUGAUGGAUUAAGGGACAUGGAAAAGGCGAUAUUUCUAGAUAUUGCUUGUUUUUUCAAAGGGAGCCUCAAAGAUCAUGUAACACAAAUAUUGAAAAAUUGCGGUCUUAAUCCAUUGAUCGGUAUAGACGUUCUUAUUGAAAAAUCAUUAAUAACUUAUGAUGGGUGGAAUUUGGGGAUGCAUGAUUUGCUUCAAGAAAUGGGUAGAAAUAUUGUUCUCCAUGAAUCUCUUAAUGAUGCCGGCAAGCGGAGUAGGUUGUGGUUUCUCAAAGACAUUGAUCAAGUAUUGAGAAAUAAUAAGGGAACUGAAUCCACUCAAGCUAUAGUUCUCAAUCUGCCUGAAGCAUUUGAUGCAAGUUGGAACCCUGAAGCUUUUGCAAAGAUGGGUAAUCUUAGAUUGCUCAUGAUAUUAAAUAAAUUGCAACUUCCACUUGGUCUCAAAUGUCUUCCCAGUGGGUUAAAAGUUCUUGAAUGGAGGGAAUGUCCGCUCGUGUCAUUGCCAGUUGGAGACCAAUCGGACGAACUUGUUGACCUUAAUAUGUGUGAUAGCAAAAUAAAGUACCUUUGGAGAGGAACAAAGCUUCUUGGAAAUUUGAAGAUCAUCAAUUUGAGAAAUUCCAAAUAUCUGCAUCAAACUCCAGACUUCACUGGAAUUCCAAAUCUUGAAAAUUUGGAUCUUGAAGGCUGCAUAAACCUAGUUGAGGUUCAUGCUUCUCUUGGACUUCUUAAAAAGAUUUCAUAUGUGACAUUAGAAGAUUGCAAAAGUCUUAAAAGCCUUCCGAGAAAAUUGGAAAUGAAUUCUUUGGAGCGUCUCAUUCUAUCAGGCUGCACAGCAGUUAGAAAGCUUCCUGAUUUCGGGGAAAGUAUGACAAAUCUAUCCACACUUGCUUUGGAUGAGAUUCCCAUAGCUGAACUACCUCCAACUAUUGGUUACUUGACAGGUCUUAAUAGCUUGCGUUUACGGGAAUGUAGAAAUAUUGCUUCCCUUCCAAAUACAUUUUCUAAUUUGAAAUCUCUCAAAAGGCUCAAUUUAUCUGGUUGCUCAAAAUUUUACAAGCUUCCUGAUAAUUUGCAUGAAAAUGAGGCUUUGGAGUAUCUUAAUGUGAGUGACACUGCUAUAAGAGAAGUUCCUUCAUCCAUUGUUCAUUUGAAAAAUCUUGUAUUACUUUCAUUUCAUGGAUGCAAAGGACUAUCAUGGAACUCAGAGAGCAAACACUUCUCUUUGGGUAAGCUUUUCAGGUUUGGUACUGAUCCAAUUCCCAAGAAAUUAGUCUUGCCUUCUUUUUCUGGUCUAUCCUCAUUGAAGAAACUAGACUUAAGCUAUUGCAAUCUCCAUGAUGGAUCAAUUCCUGAUGAUCUUGGCUGUUUAUCAUCAUUGGUAACAUUAGAUAUAAGUGGGAACAAUUUUGUGAACCUUCAUGAUGGCUGCAUAUCUAAACUUUUGAAGCUAGAAAGACUUGUGUUGAGUAGUUGCCAAAACCUGCAGUCAUUGCCUAAGCUACCGCCAAAUGUACAUGUUGUUAAUGCAAGUGAUUGUGGUUCAAUGAAACCCUUACCAAAUCCACAAGAGAUAUGGAGUCACUUGUCAUCUUUUGCUUUUGAUAAGUUGCAAGAUGAAAAUCCGAUCAAAACUUUAUUGGUAAGUCCUGGAAAUGAAAUUCCAUCAACUUUUUUCUAUCAAAAUUAUUUUAAUCGGGACAUUCAAUAUUUAAAAGAUAACUACAUAUGGGCUGAUUCUACUGCGUCAAUAUCGAUAGACAUAGCUCAACUUCGUCAACGGUAUGAUAGAAGUGAAUGGUGGGGAAUUUUGGUUUGCCUUGUCAUAGAAGAUGUGGUGUCUUCUAAACCUUCCGAGGACUAUCGUGUUGGUUGGUUUUCAAAAUUUCCUGCUACCAGUAAUAUUUUGCGUCAGCUAUGUCAAAAGUUGUAUGAGCAUGGUUUCAUUUCUGGAGUACCAAAUUCCAAGCAUCCUCACCUAUUGGUUUUGUAUAUUCCUGGUCCUUCAUCCCGUUGGUUUUAUGUUCAAGACAAGUUUGAGUUGAUAUUUUACAGUUCUAGUCUUAAGAGUAAGUUAGUUAUAAAUAAAUGUGGGUGGCGCAUAUUAUGUAAGGAAGAUUCUCAACUCAUGCGCAAAAAACUGUCUGAAUGCAACACUUCUUCUGCCAACCAAUGUGUUUCACGAGGCAAUUGCUUAUCUUCUUCUCCUCCUUCUUCUUUUACAUCAUCAUGGAGAUGGAUAAGCUGUCUCAAGGUUCCCCGAUGUUUCAAACCUUUCCUGUUGAAUGUCCUAUGUGAACGCUUGCGUACUAUUGCUAAGUGCAGGUUCUGUAGCAUGGAAGGGAUUGCCACUAUCCAUGUUUUAAGAGACUGUAGGCGAGCUCAUGCAAUUUGGGUUCAAAUGGUUCCUCCUCAAGUGCAUGAUGAGUUUUUUUCAAUUUCUCUUCAUGAUUGGAUGCAUAGGUUCCUUCGUAAGUCCUGGUUGCCAAAUAACUGUGAAGCAUAUGAUGCUGACUGCUUGAGGUUUUCUGUCACUACUUUUCUGCUCUGGAAGGACGAAGAAAAUUCCAUCCCCGAGGGAGAUUCUUUAACAGAUAAUGGAUUGUAUUCUUUGAUCAAGUCUCUAGUACAAGUACACACCUCAUCUACCAGACAUUUUAUUAAGUUGAAUGUGGAUGGUUGUUGCAUGGACAAUCCUAGAAAUGCCGGUUAUGGGGGUCUUUUUCGUGAUGUAGAGGGGAAUUGGCUUGGUGGAUUCUAUGGCUCUCUGGGCUUUACAACUAAUAUAAAAGCUGAGCUUUAUGCCAUUUGUCAAGGUUUGGUCACAGCUUGGGAUUUGGGUUACAGAAAUAUAUUAGUUGAAAGUGAUUCCAUGGAAGCUAUCAAUUACAUUGAGGAGGCCAAUAUUGAGCAUGAUGUCUAUGGUAGCUUGGUGUCUGACAUACGCUCCCUCAAGCAAAGAAAUUGGUCCCUAAAUUUGGUCCAUUCUGUCAAGGAAGAUAAUGCUUGUGCAGAUAUUUUAUCAAAACUUGGAGCUGAGCAGCAUGAGGUCUAUUGCUUCCAUGCUUCUCCACCACAACAGCUUCGGUGGCCAUUGGUGGCCGAUGCCCUCCAUGUUCAGCUUCCAUGCAUGUAGUUCCAAUUGGAGAUGCUGCAGGGUCACAAUUAUUUUGCACUAUCCUAUGGGAGCUGUGGAACGCCAAAAACAAUGUUGUGUUCAAUCAGAAAGUAGUGGAUCCUAAAUCGGAUGCAGGGGUUGGUCAAUGACAGAAACAAUUGUGAAUAUGAUUGGGACAGACCAUUGCACCAAGUUACUCUUUGUUAUUUAUAUACAAAUGAAAACAUGUAACACAAUUUCUAUUUUUGUGAUUCCUUAACAAGCGACGUAAGGAUACAUAUUAGCAAAAUCCUUCAAUAAAUCAUAUGAUUGAUUUUAUUUUAUUUUAUAGUAACAAAAGGAAAAGAUGGAUUUUGAUGGAAGGAAGAUAAAAGAAUGGUUCUGUUUUA